AAGAGAACUCAGUUGUUAGCUCACAGUGGCGGUAAAAACAUCGAGUUAAAAAUGUCUCGUCGUGCAUAUAAAAAAUCGGCAACAAUUAAAUUCAUUGAUUAUGUACGUAAAAAUCAAUGUUUGUACAAUCCUAGUGUUAGAAAACAGUAUGGUGCUGAUUACAUAGAAAAUAUUUGGAAAAUUAUUGCCAAAGAUUGUGCUCUAGGAACCGCAAUAAAAGCCAGAAGAAAGUGGAUGUAUCUUCGGGCUGGAUAUAAAUCCGGUCUGGUUGAUCCCAAAAAAAAAUCAAAUUAUCACAGCGAACUUAAUUUUUUGUAUUCAUUUGUACAAGAUAUCAAUGAUGAUGAUGAUGAAGAGGUACAGUUUAUACUGAAAAGAGAGCCUCAAGACCACGGAUAUGAUAGAGAAAAUUCCUCGGAGGGAUCGUCGGUGUCUACAUCAAUUUCGAAAAAUAAAUCUCAAAGGAGCAGAAAAUUGAAUCAAAAUCGUCCUGCGACCGCUUGCACUUCAGGACGUCAAUCUGUGUUCAGUGAAUACAGUUUUCCUGUGCCCGUUUACACCGCAAAUGGACCUCCACAUAUUGAUAAUGAAGAUGAGUUGAAGCCAUUUUUCGAGUCGAUGUAUCGCACUGCUAAAAAAUUACCGCCCGCGCUUCAGAGACACGUUAAAGCACAAUUUUUUGAGAUUAUCAGCACAGCUGAAGCAAGUGCUGUAAGUGAAUUGACUGAGAGAUAAAUAUUUAAAUACCUCAUUAAUCGAUUAAGCAAAAUUAUUCGUAUUUAUUUUUAGUUUUAAGUAUUACAAUAAAUUGCUAUAUAAAUUAUUUUUUUUAAUAGAUAAUUGUAUAGAAAUUAGAAACAAAUAAAUAUAUUUUGUUAUUUUUAUACAUAUUAAACAAAUAGUUUAAUUUAAAUUUUUGAUUAGUCAGUAUAUAUUACAUGUAUGUGCAUUAUAUUGCAAAUUUUAUUAAAAAAAAAAUUAAGAAAUAUGCUCUUAUCAAUAAUUAAUACAAGACACCAUUACAUUCAUAAUUUC